AAUUAAAUACAGGGAGCCCUAAAUCGGUCGUCUUCCCCAAAAUUUCCAAAGCCAAAGGGCUUCUUCGAUUCCAAUGACGACGACGAGCAGUGAGAAGAAGAAGAAGACUCGGGAGUUGCCGAACCUGACGGAGUGCCAUUGCUGCCACCUCAGAGUCGACCUCGCCAAAUCCUCCAAGAACAACAAGCUUCAGAUUCUCUACAGCGAGUGGCGGAUCGUCCUCCUCUGCAACAAGUGCUUGGCCCGCGUCGAAUCCACCGAGCUCUGCUCCUACUGCUUCAACGACUCGUCGUCCGGCCACUGCUUCUCUUGCCGCCAGUGCAGGCGGCGAGUCCACAGGGACUGCGAUUCCGAGUACCGCAGCGCCGCCGUCUGGUCCGGGUCGUCGUCUGCCGCCGCCGACGAGGUCUCUGUCUGCGCCGAUUGCUGGGUGUCGGAGUCGCUGGCCAGGUGGAGGAGAAGUAGAAACGUCAGUAGUGGUAGAAAGAGUAGGGCGGAUUUGGGAUUGGGGAGAUCUAGGGUUUUGAAUUAUGGGAGGAAAUGUGAUCCAAAUUCGACUGAUUCAUCUACAGAGGAGGAGGCCGGGUGCUUGAGACUUGAUGAUGUUGAAGAAGAAGAAGAAGAAGAAGAAGAAGAGAUUGGGGAUGAUGAGCCGUUGAAGGAAGGACGAGGGAGUUGCUCAAAUGGUGUCGAAUCGGAGUCUCCACCGUCUUAUAAACAAGAUGACUGCAACUAUAUCGCUUUGCCGAAAGUCGAAAUUGGGAAUGCAAAGCUUGAUCCUUAUUAUUUCAAGUACAGGAGGAGGAGGAGCAGUGUUGAUCACUCUCUGUUGACAUACAAGAGGAGGAGCAUUGUUGACUGCUUUAAGAUUGAUUGUCCUCUGUUGACAUAUAAGAGGAGAGGCAGUGUUGACUAUCGGUUUAUGUUUACGUAUAAGAGGAGGAGGAACUUUGAUCAAUCUAUGUUGACAUAUAAGAGGAGGAGACCUGAAAUCGUUUACGCGAGUUCAAGGAUGCAGCUCGAGGGUCAGUGCUGAAUCCUGAUAGUUCAGAGAUGCAUGCCUGCUAAAGCCAAACAACAAGUCUACCACUAGAAAACUACAACCUUUUCUAAAUGGUAGGGGAAGCAACUUCAAUUCAUGAUAAGAUUCUAGACUAUGUUAAAGAUCCUUUUCACUUGGCAUGUUUCCUAAGGUAUUGGUUGGACUGUGGAAACAGAACGCUCUUAUUAAUUUUUGUAUAGGAUUCUUCUUUUUUUCCUUGCAAAUGUUGGACAUUUUAGUUUUCUGAAAUGAGACUUUGCAAUGGAUAUUGGAAGGUGGGCAGAGUAAAGGAAUAUGUGUUCCUUAACCUAAUUAUGAUUCAGUGACAAGCAGUGAAACCCAAGCAAGGAAACAGGGGACUCGCCAAACCUCUCAAAGUCUGACCUCGCCAAAGCCAAGAACAAGCUACAAAUCCUGUUCAGCGAGUGGUUCAUCGUCUUUUUCUGCAAGAAAUGCGUCGUUCAUGUUGAAUUCAUGGAGGUGUGCUCCUACUGCUUCAUCAUUUCGUCAUCCCAUGAAGAUUUAUCUUGCUACCAGUGUGAGCGAAGAGUCCACACAGACGCUGAUUCUGAGUAGCGAAGUGUUGCGCUCUGGUCCAAUUACUUGUUUGCUAUGGAAGUUCUGACCGAUUACUGGGUUCCUUAAUCCCUGACUGGGUGGAGAGGGGUUGUGAGAAGUAGGAGCAAUAGGAACAAGUUUGAUUAGGGACUGAGGAAGUUUAGGGUUUUGGCAGUGGAAAUUGAGAGGAAAUGUGAUGCCUUUGAUUUAGAAAGAAGCGGAGACUGAAGAUGCUGAUACUGAUGCCGAUGUUGAUCCUCAAUUGAGUGGUUGUGUUUCUGAAUCAUCUACAGACGUUGGUUGUUCGAAGCUGAAACAGUGGGGGCUUGAUCUUGCAGAAGAAACAUUGGGCUUGAUGGACUGUUGAAGGAUGGAAGUUGUACAAAUGGUGUUGACUUGGAGUCUCCACCUUCUUAUAAACAAGAACACUGCAUCUGUAUCACCAGGCCAAAGGAACGAAUACUGCAAUGCAAAGUUCAACCUAUUUUUCCAAGUACAGGAGAAGGAGCACUAUUGAUCACCGUUAACAUCCAAGAGGAGGAGCAGUUUUCAUCGCUGUAAGAAUUUGAGCACCAUUAAUGUUGACAUAUAGCACCAUCGGUUGCUCUUUGUUAACACAUAAGAGGAGGAAAGCUGAAAUCCUCUACACUUGUUCGAGAUUAAGUUUGAUCAAAGGUAGCAGCAUCACUAACGUUUGAUGAAAGUUAGCUUUGAUUAAGUUUACACUCUCAUGUCAUGGUUACUCAGGCAUUGGUUGGACAGUGUAAAAGAACAGGAGCAUCAUGAAUCACUCUUAUACAUUUAAGAGGAGAUAACCAGCGGUAUCUGGACAUUAGAGUAACAUAACCAAAACCCUCCA